AUGCCGAGCAUCUUGUCCCGAUUCAAACGAUCUCCUUCCACUUCCUCAACCACAUCCGAAGGUGAACUCAUCGCCGACAAGCUCAGCGGGACAGAGGAAGACCAUCAAGCACAAUCUCACGAUCGCAGCAUCAGGAACAGUAUCAGUGGAUCCCCAGGUGCAGGUGCAAGUGGUAGUUUGUUCGUAGAGAAUUUCGAUAACACCUCAACCAGUGGAGGAUCACCAAUCAAAAAGCAUAUCACACCUAGUCCAAGGAACAAACCUUCUCCGCUCACCGUCCCACCAAGCAGUAAUAGCAAAAAUCAUCAACCGCUAGGUACACCGAAACUGGUGUUGACUGAAGAAGGAUCCAAUUCACCUAGAAGUUUCAGUAGUUCUCCGGUGGUAACUAGUCCAACGUCAAUACAUUCGAGGAAUCGUCCAAAUCUAGGCUUAGGGUUGAGUGAUACUUUUUCACAAGAUAUAUCAGAAGACGAUCUAGAGACACCAACGGCAUACGACAACUCAUUUACAGGCAUUUCCAAAAUGUCCUUACCAGUCAUUGCACCGCCCGUCGACUCUUCCCCAAGGGCAAGAUCAGGAUCGAUCAUCUCAUCCAACGGUGGAGGAGGUAGAUCUCGUACCGGAUCGGUACUAACCAAAAAUAAAGAUAUGAUCUCACCACCCUUAUCGCCUAAUGCAUUACAACCUGUGGAUUCUCGUCAGACGAGCGCGAGUAAGAAAUCCAUCACCUCAAGGAAGAAGAAAAGGACCAAAUCCAUCACCUCCAAUUCAGGUAUUGCAGCAGCAUUGGCAAAAGGUGGUUUACACCUUGCUCAUCCUGGUUCUGGAACUGCCCUAACACCCGAAGAAAGCGGCACAAAGAAAUCCAAAAGAGGUUCUCUCAUACAUAGGAGAAGCCCAUUCUUAACCACCAAACGGGACGAUGGUGAUAUGGAUGAUGAUGCAAGUAACGAUGAAUUCGAUGAUGAUGAUGACUCGGAUAGUGAUUUGGAUGAUGAUCUACCAGUCACUGGAUUUGCUGUGGCGAGUAAUAGGAGAAAUGCAGAUUUCCAUACCUUGUUUCCGUCAAUUGACGAAGGUGAUUAUCUGAUUGAGGACUACGGCUGUGCUUUAUCAAAGGAUAUCUUGUUACAAGGAAGGCUAUACGUAUCGGAGAACCAUCUAUGUUUUCACGCCAAUAUCUUAGGCUGGGUGACUGAUGUCGUCGUGUCUUUCGCGGACAUCCGGACAAUCGAGAAGAAAAUGACCGCGUUGGUCAUUCCCAAUGCUAUCCAAGUAUCUACAGGUAACGCAAAGUAUACAUUUGCCUCUCUCAUUGCUAGAGAUUCGACAUACGACGUCAUGAUGAACAUCUGGCGACUAUGUAAUCCCAAUGCAGUCAUGUCUAGUGUAUCUCUAGCCAAUACGAACAAUAUCGGUUCAAGACCUGGUUCAGUUGUUGGAGAUGAAGAUGCUCCUGCAGCCGGCGGCGGUGCAUCGGGAGGAGGGGCAACGGCAAAAGGACACGCACCUACACAGUGUGCGUGUGGCAAGGAAGGAAAACAUUACAAUGAGACUGCUUUGGAAACCACUUUCCCAUCUACACCGGAGAAGAUAUACGAGUUGAUGUUUAAUAGCGCAUGGUUUAAGAGUUUCCUGAGUGACAAUCAGAAGUUGAGAGAUAUCGAAUGCUCUGAAUGGCGUCCCAUCUCCUCAUCCAACUCCCUCCUCACUCGCUCCACAUCAUAUAUCAAACCACUCAACGGGUCGAUUGGCCCAAAACAGACCAAAUGUCAUAUCACGGAUGAACAUGAACAUCUCGAUUUCGACGAUUACAUAUCCCUCAUCACAACUACCAAGACACCCGAUGUUCCUUCCGGAGGAGUGUUCAGCGUCAAGACGAGGACGUGUUUGAUGUGGGCCGGGAGGAACAGCACGAAAGUAGUGGUUACCACUACCGUUGAAUGGACGGGGAAGAGUUGGGUGAAGGGUAUCAUCGAGAAAUCAGCUAUCGAAGGUCAAAAGACAUACCACGACGAUCUCGAGACGGGUAUGAGACAAUAUAUCAAAGAAAACUCUAGCGAGUUCGCAGUAGAGGGAGGCGCAGGGGAUGAAGAGGUCGAAGCGGCCAGCGCAGAGGGACAAGAAUCCAAAGAGAAUCAAAAGGAAACCGAAGCUUCCGCUUAUGCUAAUGAAAAUAAGAGAAAGAGGAAAGAAGAAGAUAUGGGAUUAUUACAAUCUGGAUUCGAUUCUUUGAUCUCAGGUAUAAAAUCGAUCUUCUCAGGUAUAAAAGGUAUAGGAGAAAGUAUAGAAGAUUUAUUGUCGGAUACACCAUUCAAAAUUCAAAACUUGAUGGGCGUCUUGAUUGUCUUAUUGGUCAUUUCCAAUAUAUGGACUUAUUAUUCCAUCGAUAGAAGUGCAAUAAAAGAAAGAAGAUAUAAGAAAUUAGGUGGACCCAGUGGCACGAAUGAAGGAAUCCAAGAUAUUGAAGAUGUUGUUAGAAGAGUUUUGCAAGGUAGAAGAGAGAUUGGAUCGCCAAAGGAGGAAUUAAAUGAGUUGAUUAGGCUUUUGGAUGAUGUGGAAACUAGGGUGAAUAAGUUGAGAGGCGAUGUGAAGAACGUUAAGUCAAAUUUGGAUGAUGUUGAUUAG